AUGGACGUAAAGCCUCCUGAACCUGAAUCAGUCAGCAUCCCGAUGGAGGAAACCAUCUGUAAUGGGGGAACACAGGAGCCUUCUCUGUUGACAAAUCUGAAGAAGGUGGAGAACCACAUCACGGAGGCCCAGCGUUUCUCCCAUCUCCCCAAGCGUUCGGCGGUGGACCUGGAAUUCACAGAGCUCUCCUACACCAUCCGGGAAGGGCCGUGCUGGAGAAAGAGAGGUUUUAAAGCCUUACUUAAGUGCCUGUCGGGGAGGUUCUGCAGCCGAGAGCUGAUUGGAAUCAUGGGGCCCUCAGGGGCCGGCAAGUCCACUCUGAUGAACAUCCUGGCUGGCUACAGGGAAACAGGCAUGAAAGGGAAGAUCCUGGUGAAUGGGAAACCCAGAGAUCUCCGCACGUUUCGUAAGAUGUCCUGUUAUAUCAUGCAGGAUGACAUGCUGCUGCUCCACCUCACUGUCCGGGAAGCCAUGAUGGUUUCGGCCAACUUGAAGCUCAGUGAAACUAUGGACGUGAAAAAAGAACUGGUGAAUGAGAUCCUGACUGCUCUAGGGCUCCAGGAGUGUGCUCACACUCGCACCAGCUCCCUAUCUGGGGGGCAGUGUAAACGGCUGGCAAUCGCCCUUGAGCUAGUCAACAAUCCCCCAGUCAUGUUCUUUGACGAGCCAACCAGUGGUCUGGACAGUGCCUCCUGUUACCAAGUGGUUUCUCUUAUGAAAUCUCUUGCCCUGGGGGGACGCACCAUCAUCUGCACCAUCCACCAGCCCAGCGCCAAACUCUUUGAGAUGUUUGAUAAGCUGUACAUCCUGAGUCAGGGCCAGUGCAUAUACAAAGGCACCGUCCCAUACCUCAUCCCCUAUCUGAAGAACCUGGGGCUCCACUGCCCCACCUACCACAACCCGGCAGAUUUCAUCAUCGAAGUGGCAUCGGGGGAGUAUGGAGAUUGGAAUCCUGUUCUGUUUGAGGCGGCCCAGGGUGGAAUGUGUGCCAUAGAGGAGAAGAAGAACUCAUGUGACAAAAAAGACACAUCCGCUGUUUGUCCAACAAAGUGCCUCAAGGACUCAGGAGCCAUUGAGAGCCAUUCAUUUGCCACAAGCACUCUGACACAGUUUUUCAUUCUCUUCAAUAGAACGUUGAUAACGAUAUGUCGAGACCAGGUGUUGACACACCUAAGGCUGAUGUCCCACAUCUCUAUAGGAGUACUGAUCGGCUUGCUCUACUUGAACAUUGGCAACGACGCCAGCAAGGUCUUCAACAACACCGGCUUCCUCUUCUUCUCCAUGCUCUUCCUCAUGUUCGGAGCUCUGAUGCCCACCGUGCUCACAUUUCCUCUGGAGAUGUCCGUUUUUCUGAGGGAACAUCUAAACUACUGGUACAGCCUGAAGGCUUACUAUCUGGCUAAGACCAUGGCUGACAUUCCAUUCCAGGUCCUCUGCCCCGUCAUGUACUGCAGUAUAGUGUACUGGAUGACAGAUCAGCCUCCGGAGGCCACCCGCUUCCUGCUCUUCCUGGCCCUGUCCAUCUGCACAGCCCUAGUAGCCCAGUCACUAGGGCUCCUGGUUGGUGCUGCCUCCACCAACCUCCAGGUGGCCACUUUCGUCGGCCCCGUCACUGCCAUUCCUGUCCUUCUCUUCUCGGGCUUCUUUGUCAACUUUGACACCAUUCCCAAGUACCUGCAAUGGAGCUCCUAUGUGUCCUAUGUCAGGUACGGUUUUGAGGGGGUGAUCCUGUCCAUAUACGGGAUGAACCGUACCGAUCUGUAUUGUCCGGGGAAAGUGUGUAAGUUCCAGAAGCCUGAGGAGGUCCUCCAACUGUUGGACGUGGAGGACGCCAAGCUCUACAUGGACUUCAUCGUUCUGGGGAUCUUCUUCGUGAUUCUCCGAUUCGCCACCUACCUAGUGCUGCGCUACAAGGUCAAGUCAGAGCGAUAG